AUGUCGUCCCUUCCCAAAGGCCUGACCUCGCCUCCCCCCUCCGUCCCAGACGUCCUCAUCUCAUACCCCUCGCAACACGUCCUCCUCGUGACCCUCAACCGCCCCAAGGCCCUGAACGCCAUUCCAUCCACCAACCACAGCCUCAUAGAUGGCAUCUGGCGCUGGUACGACUCCCAGCCCACCCUCCGCUGCGCCAUCCUGACCGGCAGCGGGCGGGCGUUCUGCGCAGGCGCGGACCUCAAGGAGUGGAACGACCGCAACGCGGCCGCCAGCGGCGAGCAGACCGUCGAGCCUGAAACGGCCCAGAAGAACAGGGACCGGUGGGCCUCUGCGGGGUUCGGCGGGCUGAGCAACCGCGCGGGAAAGAAGCCCGUCAUAGCGGCCGUGAACGGGCUCUGUCUCGGUGGCGGCAUGGAGAUGGCCGUGAACUGUGACCUGGUGGUUGCCAGCGAGGACGCCAAAUUUGGGCUGCCCGAGGUCAAGAGGGGCGUGAUUGCGCUUGCCGGCGCGUUGCCCCGGAUCCAGAAGACGCUUGGGAAGCAGAGGGCUGCGGAGAUGGCGCUUGUUGGUGGGAUGUACACGGCGGCGAAGAUGUACGAGUGGGGGAUAGUGAACAAGGUUGUGAAGCAGGAGGAUGUGGUUAAAGAGGCAGUCAAGUUUGCUGAGGAAAUUGCUGACAAUAGCCCUGACUCGGUUGUUGUGAGUCGCGAAGGUUUGAAGCUGGGGUGGGAAGUCGGGCCGGAGAUGGGGACGGAGUUGUUGGAAAAGGGCAUGUUUGGCCGGAUAGAUGCCGGGGAUAACAUGAUAGAGGGCGUCAUGAGCUUUGUAGAGAAGAGGAAGCCGGUCUGGAGGGACAGCAAGCUCUAA